CUUGGAGAGUGGCGACGCGUUCGCUGGCACGGCUUCAAACCUUUGGGACUCUGCGCAGGGCGGAGGCCUUGAGAUUCUUGCUUCCAUCCUCGCCUUGAACUCUGCAGCCUCUGACAUCCGUCGCUGUCUCUGCUGAGAUUCUCCCUUGUGUGUCUGCCUUAAAGCCCUGACGUGUGACCUCGCUUUUUGCCGAUUAUUAAGAAAGAAGGAAUUGGCAAGUCAUUGCCAUUCUCAUUCUUUCUACUUAUGUUAGUGCCUCUACCUUUCUCCAGAUGACACCAUCUGUGAUCAUAACGCAUAAUCCGGGUGGUACCUAGUGACAGCUAUAGUCCCGAUAUUCUCUCGUCUGGGUCUGUCCCACUGCACUCAGAAGACCUGUCGCGACCAGUCUUCCGCGUCGUUGCUUGUGAGAGGGUACCUAUGAUCGGUCUUUUCUUGUCUCAACGCCGUGACAUUAUUGAAUCGGCCUCCCCUGUCUUUCGUUGGGCGAAGAUACUGCUCUUGUCUAAGUGCGGUUUUUCUUCUUACUGGACUGACUUUUUGCUGCGUCAGUCGGUCCAAUAACUUGUACGUGCUCCAUCGGUUGCUGAUGGGUAUUUUUAUCAGUUGCAGAUGGGAACCGUUGUCGUUGACAUCGCAGUUCUGUUCUAUUUUCAAAGAAAGAAGAUUACAAUGUUGCGGAGUCUGAAUCUCCCAAAUAUAUUAGCCACAGACUAAACCCUUUGCAGCUGUCUCGCGAAUUUCGUCUGAUCAAAGUAGAUCUACAUUGUAUUUGAUUUUCAUUUUUAAAAGUAACAAGACUCCUCGUGGGGGAAGAGGCUACCUCCAUUGAAGAUCCCCAUCCGUCAUGACUUUUAGUUUCGUUUAAGUACAAUUUUCGUUGUUUGUGAGAGCACCCACGCUUUGACAAAAUAUAUAUAAUAAUGACCAGCACCAGCUUGCCAAUGCGAAAGCUCGUCCGCACGGGCGGACUAGUGUUAUGGUCUCCUUUGAUUCACAUCCUAGAGCCCCUAUCCCACUACCUUUAUUUCUCACAAGGACCAUCGCACGACUACCAAAUUCCUCGCUUCACAAGAAAAUACUUCUGCUACCUAGGACCACUACGACUACCCCCUACUGCCAUUAAUGCCACUACCUCCGAGGUGAAGACAGGGCAACCCCCUCCGAGAUCAACGCGUGAUUAAGUAAAUCCACUCUAACAGCUGCGACUGGGGCGAUUAUUUUCGGUCCUUUGGGCGUAGGCGCUCUCGAGAGAAAAAGUAAGGAGGUUGAGCAGAGGCAAGAAAUCGAGCGUAUCGUUGAUACGAAUGGCGUCACCGCUUUUGAUUAAGGCCACGGUAGAUAUAAUUAGAAGUCUACGCUUGCGCUCCUUUGCCUUUGGUGAAAUCUCGUCAAACAUCGAGUUCGAAUGGAGCUUCUCUUUUUGGGAGAGAUAAAUACUGGAAAGACCAUAAAGAAGGUGUUGCAGCAGGCGAAAGAUGAAGAUAGACGGUUUUAUGUAUACUUACCCAUACCUCUAACUUAACGAUGAUGACCUGGAUGACGAGGUCGAGGACCCUUCGAGCGCUUUGUGGACGAUGGCGCGGUCGGGGAUGGGAGACUUUUUUUGGGACGGGUUUGGGUCCGCGUACAAGCAGUUCAGUUCAGCCACGUCCUGGAACAGUGCGGGUACUGGCGACAACAACUUCAUCUCCUCCAAAGAUCAGGACGACACUUCGUCUCAUAAGAAGCUGGAGUCAUCAGUCUCCACCCUUCAAACGGCUAACGCUGUUUUGACGGAAAACAACUACACCACUCCUAGCUCGAGCGCUUUGGAGCUGAUACCACUCAAGAGAAUUCGAAAUUUUGCCGAGGGGCUGUAUGGAAUAACACCAUGCCAAAAGCGAACAUAGAAAAGCGGUUUUUUUAGCCAAAAAACGCACAUGAAGCCUCGGGAUCAGUUGGGCAAUAUUCGUCUCAAAAUGGAAAAUUUUCAUUCUGAGACGAAUAAAGUGCAAAAGCUUUUCUAUGUUCGCUUUUGGCAUAGUGUUACUCCAUACGUGGACGGGGGUUGAUGCGCUUACUGGAUUCCUGCGCUCCGACGAAGUGGCCAGUCUCGUUGAGCUUAAAUUGGCGGACACCACAGGCGAUAUUAAUCCUCUGAGGCAGAAGUUCAUCAGAGAUGUCAUCUUCGGUGGCAAUGAGCUCUCCAAGAAAUCCUGGGACGGUAUCGUUAAGAAUCAUAAGCCGCAGCUCCCUGAAGAUCCUGAAUCAUUAACUUUUGAAAGUUCUCAAGAAACUUGGCCCAAGUGGUUCGAAAGGAGGUCUGGGACCAAUUAGCUUGGGUAGGAUUCUUAUGGUGCUUCGGGUGAUCAAUGUGAUUUUUUACCUUGUCACUUCGGGCCAUUUUGGCUCAAGAUUGGCAACCUUCUAGCCAGGAUCUGAAAGCGGCUCCGGCUUGAUUGCAUUUGAUACGAGAUUCGAAACAAAACAGCGCAACUUGAGCCACCUGGAGACAGCCCCAGCUAUCCCUUUUUCUUAGCGUGUGCUCUUUCUUCUUUAGUAGUGACCUCGGUCCCGGGAAGCUGCAGUAGGUCUUCUUUCAUUUUGGUGGAGAACCUGGGCGCUUAUCUUUCUGAGUUUCAUAUCCCCGACCCCCUAGAACUAGGAACAGGCUAGAGCCGAAAACUGUGCCGCAAAGCCAAGAAAACGAAGGGGAGCAACUUUUCCACGACGCUCAAGGAGGAGCGACAGAGCGCCCCGAAGCUCAACACUCACGGUGGGCAACAGCCGACCCGCACUUCCUCGUCCGCAGCGUCUUCCGGGCAUAUUUUUUGACGUGACGGGGCGCCGGUUUCGUCGCGGUGGAAAUCGUUUUGAGCAUUCGCAAGAGCUACCCACUGCUGCGGAGACAGAUCGAGCCUCCGGAGUCGGGUGUCGGCGCAGCGAGUGCCGGGGCGGCAGGAGAAGCAACCGGGCACGCCGUCAAAGCGGUUGGGAGUUUCUCUCAGAGAUUCUAUGCCACGUUGACCAAGGAGGAGCCGCAGGGGCAACCCUUGCGCAGGCAAGCUGCGGCAGCUGCCUUUGAGCAGACACCGGAGGAGGGAGAGCACUCCAGCGAGCGUUACAAGCGUGACACCCGCCCGCUUCAUCUCCCACCGCGAGGGAGAUCCAGCCGAAUCCUCGAGCCGAAGCGUGACGGAUGAAGGCAAGUGCCUCGCGUCUUGGUGGGCAUCAUGAACAGCACCAAGAAGAGCAGGCUGAGGACUUGCAACCGCAGCGCAAAGAAGCACGACACGGACAACCGGCGCAAAGCCUCUGGCCAUCCUCUUUUAAAUCGCCUCGCGACUUGUUUCCGAUGCUGACCGGGGACGCUGGUAUGGGUCUUCCUUUGGCGGGCUGGUGCCUUUUAGUAAUUCUGCCCGUUAUUCUCUCUACUUAUAUUUUCUCUAUAAAAUGCAGAGGCCGCCACCACUGGGGUGGAGAGCCCAGAGCCCCGCGGACUCGUUUCUUCCCCACGCCCGAAAAUGGCGGCAGCCCUUGCUUUUGUUCACUUGGUAGACUGAAAACCGUCCAGCCCACUGAAAACUCUCCGCCACCUUGUUUCCAAAGUCUCUCGUCGUCGAGUCAACCCGGUCGAGCGAGGUCACCUCUCCGGAGGCGCUGGCGGUGCUUAAGAGCCAGAGCGGCAAGGCGCUGGACGAUGAGAGCGGUGGCAGCCUCGACGGAGUCACCGCUGCAGGCGUGCUCAGACAGAAUAAGCGCAGGCGCCGCAGGAGGGGCUGAGCCUGAGGCUGGUAGCUAAGGGCACCAGAACCCAAAGACGCCGAAGGCGAUGCCUCCACUUCAAGAGGCCAGAAUGGUGCGAACUUCUGCGCGGGUGCAUCACUUGGCGCUUCUCUUGGGUUAGCGGCGCUGGCUCGCCUCGGGUUUGGCUGCUCUUCUUCACAUGUUUGACGACAUGAAGACGAGAGCAAAAGCGCGGCCACUUUUUGGCCCCGGUGGGCUCGCUGUAUUUUGCCACUAUAAAGCGCACGGCCUUUCGCUUCGCCGCAUAAGAUGGCGCGAAAGUGGGCGCGUUUUUUAUACAGGCAGAAUGGUUAUAAAGUAAAAAGCAGAGCCAUCCUAUAGCUUUUUUUUUUGGCAGGUAAAUCGAUGCCGUCUUAUGCUGAUUCGAAGCGCGCAAAGACGCACUUCGUCGCGAGUCUGUAGGCGACACGCAAGAGCGAAGGUGCGCGCAGUUUUCGCGUGAAUAAUCCGCGAAAAAUGUAGGGGACGCGCAACGAGGACGCGCCCCGGAACGUAGUGCGCCCGCAGCACGCAAGGGCAUUGAGAUCCGCACGCGCUUGCAGUCAUCACCGUGGCGAGUGGAGGCACGCCCAGGCAGGGGGCCCCCGCUCUUAUUUCUGCUUGGCCAUCUGUGGCCAAUGGGUCCCGAGGCAUAGGAGCCCCGCCUACUGUCUUGCCACAGUGGAGGCGGCCGAGCGAUGUAGGGAGGGACGGCGAGACGCCUGGCAGAGCAGAGGCGCGCGGUAGAGUGUCGGCGCUUUCCGACCACGUGAAAACGCGGGCGCCGCAUCCUGCGGCGGAUUUCUGCCGAUCUGCUUCCCCCCCACUCAAAUGGAGGAACCUCCUCAGCCUUCAUAGCUUUCGCCGCUGUGGAGAGCGCCUCCUCAUUUUGUAGUGGGAAUGUUGUGAAGCUGUAAGCCUUAAACCCCAAAAGGCACCAGCUCGCCAGUAAGGGUCCCUCUGAUUUCGCUACAGGCAUGGGCAAACGAGCUGAAGCAGCGCCCCCUGAGCAGGAACUGAAAGCGCCGGGCCUACCUGUUUUGCCAUGAAGAUGGUGAAGAACAUCGCCCCGAGAGUGGUCUUCUUUAUCAGUUCCCAACAGCCCGCGAAACGCUACAGAGAGCCGCAGAACAAGAGCCGCGCCGCUACCAUGUCUACCAUCUGCUGGGAAUGAUGGACGCCGGGCAGUAGCAUGGAAAACAGUCCAAGAAGCAAGAGCAAGGAAACGGAUUCGAGCAGGAUCAGCCGCGCACGCACCUGGAGGAGUACUUCAAGGAGAUGCAGCAGAAGCAGAAACGAGACAGCGACAACACGGAAAAAGCACCAUGAAGAACCCGCCCUCGGUUGGCUUCCAGUUGCCUCCGAAGUGGACCGCUGAAAUCGUUCGGGGGCUCGAAGCGUCGGGCGCUUUGCCUGAUAUUGUUCGCGCCAUCCAUCGACAGCACCGGAAAAGCAGGCGGAGCUGUUUGGGCUGGUGUAAAUUAAGCUACGCGGACCGCUCGGGCUUAGCUCUGGAGCACAUCAAGGAAAAAGCUCUGAAAGCUCUGUGGCGCGUUUAUGGUUCUGGUAGUGUUCGCGCGGAGAAAGGAGUUGCGUGCCGGUUCGUUGGUCGCAGAUUGGCUUCGAGGAGGCCCGCGCGACUCGUCUGCAGCAGUUGACGGAGAUGGGCGGCAACGAGAUGGCAGCAGCUUGCGUUCGCUGGUGCAGCUACUGGCCCCAGCAAUGAAAGACGCAGGAAAAGGCAGCAGUGGAGCCUUCGCAAAACCUCAGCUGCCGCAGCUUAAGUCCAAGGCGGUCAGAUGACAGGCGGAGGCAGUAUUGGAGACGGUGGAAAACCGUCGGCCGCUGAAACAGUACCAGGCGGCAGAGAUGUCGCGACAUGCUUGGAACGGGAUGCAGCUCGGGGACGUCGCCAACGGGAACGGCAUAAAAAAGCGCAUCACAAGAACGCCUGCGAUAUUCGACGCGGUACGAGAUUCCGAGGGGCUUUACCACGCUGCGGCCAAGUGACUUCGUCGACCAGCUUCGGCUAGAAUUCAGCACCACCCACCAAGUUGCGGCCUCCACGCUGGAAGGGCUCUCGAGCGCAGUCAAGUUCACGACCGCAGGGAAGGGGCAGGGCGCUGCCCUUGUUGCCUUCGUAAGUUCUUACCGUGUCCCUUUCGGAUUGCUCAUGGAGGAACGCAGAGAAGCCGGCGGCGCGUUUCUCACCUUGUCAGACGUCGCUGGGAGCGACAUGGAGCGCAAGAACAUGGCGAACAACUUGAAGCACCGCAGCGGCCUGCCGAUUUGGAUCGUGACCAAGAUCGGCGAUCAGUCACUUCGGGGACCGCGGAGGCACGCCCGAGAAGCAGCCCCUGCAAGAAAUUCUAUCUCAGACAGCAACCACCGGCCAAGCAGAGCAAGCGAAACAGCAGCAGCAGCAGCGCCCCGCCGGCAUUCCGCCGGCAGCACCGCUGCGGACACUGACAGGAAACCGAACCGAAGAGAGCAAGUAAGUUGGGAGCGAUGACCCCGCAGGCAGCGCUAGAAGAGCAGAACAGGCACACGACAACGCAGAUGCAAACGACGACCCGGCCACAAGGAGCGAGACCCAAAGGAGCGAGCAGCGUGCGGGGGCGGGGGAGCCACAGAUACAUCCACCACGCAAAGUCCAACAAGCGCGCGAACGCCAUCGAGCGGCGCGCCGGGGCCUCGCUUGCAGCCGGCUUCUGCAGCUAUUGCCAGAAGCACCACAAGACCACCGGAGACCCCGUCGAAAUUCUCUGCCCGGACAAGAUUCUUGCUGGGCGAGGAUUCACGCGAAGGGAAUGCGCCCCGUAUGCGCACGGCGUAGACUUAACCGAGAUCGAUGCCAGCGCGCCGCUUCGGUGCAAUGAACAGCGAGCAGCAGGACCAAGAGCAGCAACAGGAGCCAGCACAAGGGCACGCAGAGAGCUGAAGAGCAGAAAACAACAGAGCAGCAACAACAAGCCAGCGAGCGUUAUGACGAACCACAUGCAAGAGGCUGGCAAACGGUUGUAGCAGGUGCAGAAGAAAAGCGGAAUGUGAGCGGAAAGCUUUCAGGCGAUGAACAGUCUGAAGGCGCUUGCGGCGGUCUUUUUGCAUAUCACGGAGGACGAGCUGAAAAAGUACGCAGGUGGAACGGCGACUGAUAGCCGCCACGGGUGGCGUCGUGUCUUCUUCGAACCUCGUGGGCCGCUUGUCUUCAUGUCGUUAAAAGUUUGCACAGCAUACGCAGAGCAGCACGGAGUGUUCGCGGAAGUAGAUUCGCCCUUGGGUUCGCUAAGGUUCUCGCGUGCGUUGGCGCUUGGAGGGGUUCGCUUGUGAGAUUCGCAACGCGGAAACCGAAGAAAGAGCUCAGAACGAAGACGCAGGGCCGCCGGCUGUGGGUUCUUUUAAACAGCUGAAGGAAACGAAAGGGCCGCUGACCUUGUUGGGCGUAGUCCACGCUGAGGGAGCUCCGGCCGACGCCUUCUUCGAUGGUUUCUGCCUGGUAGGAGCUGAGGAAGAGGGUCAGAAACAGAAUCGGACCGAUGCGGCUUCCUGUGAACAACUUCAAAAGCGCAGUCCUGACGCAAUUCGAAACCUUCGCGAAGUUGGCAGGGAUGUAGUUCAGCUAGGAGCCGCAGCGCACCAAUUUCCGUACGCUCGUCGGCUUGUCGAACUCCCCAUCGCAGUCGCCGAAAACAAGGAGGAGCAGCAGGCUACGCGGGUUCCCUUUGCGGUAGUCCCGUGGUAGGUUGUGCGUUGGUGAAGACAUGGCGUCUGGCUUUCGUUAUUUCGAUGAGGUGUUCGGAGUCAAGUACGAGCCGAAGGCGCUGAACCUCACGAGACUCAGCACCCCAAUCCCGAGAGGAGUGGGAAACUGCGAGGCCGUCGGGACCAUGAAGGUAGGAGGAGGAGAAAGCAGACGAGCAACAAGAAACGCAGGAGCAGGAGCAGCAAGAGCAGGAGCAAGGAGAGCAGCUAGAGCAGGAGGAACAAGCCGAAGAAGAAGAAACCGGCAACGAGACGGCUGAGGGCGCUGCAUCAGACUCGGAGGAGGCGCCGCAAGGCGUCUGACUAAGCUCCAAGAAGAAGAGGAAAAAGCUGAGCCAGAAGGGCUGCCAGCAGGCUGCAAAGAAGGCGAAAAGGAAAACAGUGGAGGGAACUGCAAAGCAGGAUAGGACACAAUGGACGAAGAGGCGAGAACUGAAACCGACAGCGAAGAAGGCCGACAAGAAAAGAGCCGAACAAGAAGCAUGAAGCUUCAACCUAUGGCUUAAGCUUCUGUUUAUGAACGUGGGAGGAUAGUGAAACGAUCUUGGCGCCUAUUCUCCUUGUUUGGGCCGUGAGUGCGAAGACCCUCUAGAAGCUCACAAUCUUUUUGCUGUUUGUCCAGUUUGGACUCUGUAGCUGAUCCGGUUUGGAUUUUCAGGAGCGUAGCUUGUUUUCGGUGGUUGUCCUGUUGGAGGACUUCACUUUGUAGCCUGUCUUGCCCAUUCGUAGCUGUGUUUUCCACUCAGUCUCAGUUGUUAGUUUCUGUUUUCGUCUUUGCGCCGCUCUGGCCUUUCUGGUGCUUCUCGUCUUCCGUUGGGUCCGAGGCGCUGCUGGCGCUUUGGGAGGUCUUGGCCACGCGUCUGUCACUAGUGUCCACGCCAACCACGUUCGCGCAAAAGUGCCUCGCUGUGGCCCGCUUUCUUCUAGCAAGUUUUAGCUUUACCUUGACUCUCUUCCUCUAUUUCUUCCCCUUCUCAAAACCCAAAAUGCAGCGCCCCCUUCCCCGUUCAUAAAUAUGAAAGUUCAACCUAUGGCUUAAAUUUCUGUUUAUGAACGCGGAAGGAUAGUGAAAUGGUUUUAACGCCGUUCUUCCUUGUUUGGGCCGUGAGUGCGGAGACCCUUUAGAAGCUCGCAAUCUUUUUGCUGUUUGUCCAGUUUGGACUCUGUAGCUGAUCCGGUUUGGAUUUUCAGGAGCGUAGCCUGUUUUGGUGGUUGUUAAGGAUUCCUUUGUUUUGAAAAAUCCCACCCACCCGCUCCUGCGCCGCCUAAGAGGCGCGUCUCUGAGAGGCUCGCUAGUCAUGGUCUUCUGACCGUGACUACCCUCCUUAGACGUACCUCGGGGCCGGUUUUAACAUUGAGCGUCGAGUCUCUCAGAGCUUUGCCUCUUAGGCGGCGAGUUAGUUAUUGCUUUAAAUCGAAAAGUUUGGCUAUGUCAUGUUCGAACUAUCCAAGCCAAUGAUUCGAAAAAAUGGAAGGAAGGCGCUCAAGAUCUCGAAUUGCUGUCGUUUCUCUUCGUUUACGAGAGUCUUCUGGAAAUGGUAGCCAAUGUGUGCAAUGUGUCCCACGUCCGCGUCGUUCUUUGUUUAUUUUCUUUCUUUCGAAAAGAGAGGCAGAGGACUGGGCAACGAGGGCACUUCUUCAGAAUAAGUCGGAUCUUCUUGCCGUCAGAACUCUUUCUGCGAUGAGAUCAAAAUGAUAGGAGAUCCUCUUGGUGUGCUCCCUCCCUCUUGCUCUUCCCCCUUUGGAAAAUUAUCUUAGUUUUGAACUUUCUUCGUUGGAUCAUAAUGGUGCUAGAUUCCGUGAAAGAAGAGCGCUCCUUUGCUGCAAAGUAUGCUGAUAGAGUUUCCGAAGAUGUUGAGUCCGCAAAUGCUAGGCGUGUCGCCCAAAUUAUUGAAGAUGAAAGGCCUAAAAUCAUUCUUGACGGUCUUCCUCAUGCGCAUUCUCUUGCGCGCGGUGAUGAGAAGAUAGAGCCACUUCUUUCACUUUCCGACUGUCCUCCGGCGUGAGUUUUAGAUACGAAGUUUAUAGAUAUCGAAGAUCGUCGAGCGAUUGGCUGGAAAAGCAUUGUUUUGCUGAAGCUUCUCAAUCAAGCGCUUUAUCUCGAGGAUUCCACUGCGUGCGUGGCUGCUAGCUCUUAAGGGGGGCGCGUGUGUUGGCAAGUUGUGGCGUCCUUCUUUUUGGGAAAGCGUGAAGCCUAAGGACGACGACGAAAAUUUUGACCAUUUGAAUCGCAAGUGUUCCAUAAGUUCGCAAAUCUUUUCCAAGCCCCCGCUUCGUGCUGAUGGGGAAGUUCUUCAGUUGAUUUGGUCUACUACAAUUAACGAACGAGAUGAAGGCUUUUUGGCUGGUCCGUUUGAUUUUAGUCAGCUACCCCAGUCCGUUCAGCAUGUUGCUCCCAGGUUCGCGAUUUGGCAGAAGACUCGUCGUCGUAUGAUAGAUGGCGCCCGCUUGUUUAAUUGUUCAGCCAAGCUAGAUAAGCGGGCGCCGCUACCUUCACCUUUACAGGUGUUGGCAGCGGCGACUGUAACCGCAAGGGUUCAGUCGUGCCCCGGGUUAGAUAAGAGAGUCGCUGCAUGUUUCUCGUUUCAAUCCAGGAAGCGCAAGCCAGACUUUGUUCCUGCUGAUUCUUUUGAGGCUUUGCCCAAGUUGCUUCUUGAAGCGGGGGAAGGGCUAGAAGGUUGCUUUAGUUGUAGUGAUGCAGUUGAAGGGAUUGCUAUUGAUGAAAAAGGCGCUUAUAAGACGUUAGGAAUUUUGCGUGGUCAAGAGUUCGCAAGCUUUCUAGUCGUGUGGGAUCCCACCGGCAAGAAAUACGCUGCGUUCGAAGGGAAGGCUCUUCUUUUUGGGAAUAUGCAUUCGGUAGCUUGUUGGUGUAGGGUAGCGCUUUUGAUUAGUGCAGUUUUGAGGCGCGCCCUUUCGAUUCUUUCCUCCGUUUUCAUUGACGACUGCCAUGCUUUUGCUCGAGCUAAUAUGGGCCAAGCUUCUGCCGAUAGAGUUUGCCGUCUUUUGGACGUUCUCGGUUGGGAGUACAAGCUAGAAAAAGUGGAAGCUAGUGACUCAGCUGUAUUGUUGCUUGGUUUGAUUUGUCAGCCCAGAGGUAAGCCUUCAGUGGUAGUAGCUCCGGAGAGAGCUCAAGCUUAUGCUGCUGAAAUUAGAAAAAUUAUCGAUAGUGAGAAGUUGACGCCGAGCGACGCCUCUCGGAUCUAUGGAAAGCUUUCGCUCGCUUUUUGCGCGGUGUGUGGGCGCAUGCCUCAUCCGAUGACGCGGCCUAUUUUAGCUAGAGUGUUUUCCUCUUGCUCUGUUCACUUUUUUGCGUCGAGUCUUGAAGGCAUCCCCUAGUGCUUGUGCUGAGUUGGUUGCUUCUCUUCCUGCUAGGUCUUUAAUUUUUCUCCCUACUAGGUAUCUAAUUUAUUCUGAUGCAAGUUGGCAGAGGGAGAAGGGCUACAUUGCGGCGCGCUUGGUAGAUUGUUGGCAAGUUAUUUAACAAAGAGACCAGGCCCCUUGGCGCGGUGUCUUAUUGGAAGACUCCUGCUUUUCAGUCUGAGACUUUUGACGAUGCUGCUUUAUAUCCUAUUAACUUUCUCGAAGGUUGUGCUGCCGUUGUCGCUUUCGGGGUUUGGUCUGAUCUUCUUGCGGGUUCUCGUGUUGAUUGUUUCAUCGAUAACUGUUGUGCCGGAGGGCUUUUGAUUAGGAUGAACAGUGGGCGUAGUCAUCUCGCUGCUCUUGCUUUUGAAUUUUGGAAGCAUGCGCCUCGGUUUCAUAUUUCCCCACAAAUUUCCCGUGUCCCAUCCGCAGUGAACAUAGCUGACCUCCCUACAAAAAGUGGCUUUUUGUGCGAAAGUUUUAAGGUUAAGCUUUGACGCGCACGAAGUUCAGUUGAGUGAAGAGAUAACGGAUAGCAUAGAGUUUACAAAUUGCGGAAGUUAGAAGUCGAGAGUCGCGAAAUCUUACUAGAUCGCUCGUCUGCUAGUGAAGAAAAGUAGAAAAUGGCUGAGGAAGGAGUUCUGGCGCUGCGCAAUGCGUUCAAUUUGAUCGCACAAGAGCAGACGCACGAUCGUCCAGAUGUAGGGAAGGCGCGUCUUGUUCGUAAUUGCUGCCGCGAUUUUGGCGAUCUUGUUUGCGGAGUUACUGAAGGUGACGCUUCGAAUUUGGAGAAGCUCAACGUGGGAGCGUACUACUGUGCUGCCCUUGUAGUCAUGCGUAAUAGUGUCAGGAAGUUGCGAGUUUUCUAAGUUUGCUAAGAGGAGGAAAUCGCGUGAGCGUCUUCCAUUGUUGUGCACAUGUUUACUCUCAUGCUGUUUUAUCUCUUGUCAGGUCUUUACACGAGCGAAAACUUCAGAAGCAACCUUUUGAGGAAACGAUGGAGAGAGCUGCACGAGAUGCGGCUGGAAUCGCCUUGCUUGGUGGUUACCGCCCGCCUGUAGCUGCUGUUGCGCCAGUUGCUGCGGUGCCCGAGAUCCCUGCAGCUGACGGAGUUCCCGGCAUCCCUGCAGUGCCUGCAGUUGCUGGCGUUGCAGCCCAGCCUGCUCAUAUCGAUGGCGCCACGUUGCAACGCGCUCACAAGAUCCCUACGGACUUGACUCACGUAUCGGCUAAGUGUUUGCCUCAUCUUUAUCCUUGCUGUUCAGUCUUGAAGUUGUAUUGUUUUAAUCCUUGGGAACAUCCAUCUUCUCAUCCCUUCGCUUUGUUUUCGAUAAUUCAGCUUCUUUCUCUUCUGAUUUUUAGGCUUUCACCAAGAAGAUUGCACGAGAGGCGGACGAAGAAGUUUUGGCUGAGGCCAUGAAUGAUGUGCAUCAAAAUCGCACGAUUCGCAUUGGCGGCAUGGCAGCCGAUGGCGGUGCUGAGUAUGCGGCUCGUAUCUCCGAUUUUUUCGCCAGUGGCGCAUUCCAGGAGGUGCUGGAAGUCAAGAUCGAGAGGCAAGGCGUGAUAGUUUAUUUUAUUUAGAUAAACUAACCAGCUUCGGACUUUUGUGUCAAUAACUAUAACCCAGGCAAAUUUUUAUGACUUUUUUACUCAGGGCCAAGUAUGUGAGGGGCCAAGCGCUUCUUCUUCAUGGUGGAUUGGAGAUAGAGAGGCGGAUCGAGAAUGACUAUUUUUUUGCUGAACGUUUGACCCAGAGGCAGUUUUUCCCCAUUUCUUUUCGCGACUGCCACCCUCUUCCUUCUGGAGUAUUUUGCAUGGCCAUUGGCAGCUAUCUCUCAGGUUGGCUACUACGUACAAGAGCCGAGAGCUGGGCAACAAGAUGAGGGAGCUGGAUAAAAAGGCUGCUGCUUUUGAUGCGCGCGCUGUGCGACAACAGUGGUCGCCACAGAAGCCAUGUGGUCCGUAUGGUGAUGGGUUGAAAGGUAAAGGGAAAGGUAAGGGUGGUAGGAAGUGUUUCACUUGGAUUCGUCAAGGGCCUGGCCGUGGUUUGAAUUCAUUGUGGGAAUCCUUCGUGCUCUUUUGGACAUUCUUUACCUAGUACUCGCUCUGAAGCUCAAGAUAUAAAGAAUUUUGCUCGUUCGUUGAAUGAUUGGAGCCUCGACCUUGAUUAUGAUAGUGAGUAUUCUCGUGUCGCUCCUGCUCUGUCGGGGUCGUCAAGUACCACUGUCGCAAGCAACGCGAGCACUACUUCGCCCGCUAGUUCUGCAGUUGUAGCAGAGUCUUCGGGAUAGGGUUCAAGGGCUAGCUAGCUAGAUUGAUUUGUGUUGUGCUUGGGUGGACUGUCUCUCGAUCGAGUUAUGUGAUGUUGCAGCGCAUUGAUAGAAGUCUUAGCGUUUUAGUAAAAGGGUUAGCAUGUGUCUCGAAUCACACAAAAUUUUUAUUUCCAUAGUCAUACUUAGAAGAUUUUCAUACUGAUUAAGGGCGUGACUGAGUAAAGAACUGCAUUAGACUGUGGAACAUGUUCCAGGCGUCACAGGCUAAGAAGGAGCCUCUGGCAUCUGUGCAACCUGUGGCCAAAUCUUCCUCUUUAACGGAUUCGAGUAGGUGGACUCUCGACAGUACCAGGAAGCUAGUCCCAGUUCGGGACAUCUGUGCGCCGGAUUCUAGUGGGAGCUUUUCCUCUUCCUCCUCUUCUAGUAUCGUCCCGCUCGUUGGCUCUAGUAGUUCUUCCGCUAGUGCUUCGAAGUACAAACGAAGUAGGCCGUUGCUGUUUAAGUCGCUGGCUAGUGAGAAGGACGCCAGUGAUUUACCUGGUAGUGCGUCCGCCUCUGUUUUCGCUAAUGCCAGCACCAAGAACGGCGUGCUGCUGCUGUUUGAGCGUUUUUUAAGAACAGAAGUACGCCAUGGGGCAAAAGGCAUUAGUUUUCGAUCAAGAUUUAGGUCCAUCCCAGAAGAUGCGCGCGCUAGCUAGCCAGGGCCCGACAGUUGCUAAGAGGGCAGUAGUUGUGAGUGCUAGUUUUAUCAAGGGUGAGGCACUAUCAGACGAAUCUUGAAAAACUUACUUGAGUCACCUGAGACAGUUUAUGGACUACAGUGCGGCGAUGUGUGAGAAGCUUUCCCCUCCUACGAAAGGGAAGGUCGAAGGCUAUUUAGCUACUCAAGGUUGUGCGUCUUCGAUGAAUGUAGCCCGUUCAGCAUUGCGAGAGUCUUGCUCAAUGAUUGGGGUGGCUUGGCCCGAAGUAGAUAGUUCUGCAAUCUCCAAAGGUAUUAGGAGGCAUCAGGCUCCCUCGAGGAGCAAGGCGCCGGUCUCUCUUAGUUGCUUGAGUCUUCUCCUUCAGGACAGUACGACAACGAAUCAGUUCAAAUUUUGAGUAGUCAUCUCAUGGAUUUUUCUUUUGAGAGUUGGCGACGAAGCUGUGCAUUUAAAGAAAAUGCUUUCUGACGACGACAAGAAAUGUGUUACGAAGAUAGUUGCAGCAUCAUAGUGCAGGCUGGGGCAACAUAGAAGGCCGCGCAGUCACUACUAGACUAAGGAGUAGAAAGAAUAAGUCGGAAGGGGACUGCGUUGCUCGCUCGUGCACUUGCGGCGAUGCCAAAGGUGUGAGCUCGUCCGCGACUGCGUCUCCUUUCUCCUGGGCAAAGAGUUUUUGUCUUUUCUGCUCAUUUUAUCUCUGUUUCCUCAACAAAGUUGAACUUGGGCAGAGGAUUUUUCCGCCUCUCACUUAUCUGAUAGCUUUGAAAGAACUAUAGAGGAGUUUGCGGAAAUGUAAUCAACUUGGUGAUUGGGGAACGCAUAGUCUUAGAAGAGGUGGCGCAGCAGCAGUAGCUGCUGCGGGUGGUAGUAUUUCGCAAGUUCUCACUUCCGGUAGGUGGAAUAAUAAGCAGCAAGCUUGGAGACGUUACGUUGAUGAAAAAGCGCUUGAAUGCGAAGGAACGCUUCGCGCAGCGAAGUUAGAGCUAAAGAAUUGCGAUGGAGUUGAUGGGUUUCGUUCUGACGGAGAUAGCGAAGCUGACAGCGAUGAUUUCCUUCAUGCUGAUUUAUAGACUUGAUAAGGAUUGCACUUGGUGUAGCAUGAAGUAAAGCGGUUCUUGUCGGCGGCUUUUGCAGACUCCAGUGCUUAGCGCAAGACGCUGAAGUGUUCCUUAUGUUCCUUGGCCGUCGAAGAAAGGGCUAUGUCAUAGCGAGGCAUAGAGAGCAUCGCCGCUUGUCGUGCAGGCUCUCACAACAGGUCGGUCUUGGCCGCGCGUCUGUCCCUAGUGUCCACGCCAGCCACGUUUGCGCAAAAGUGCCUCGCUGUGGCCCCGCUUUCUUCUAGCAAGUGCAUACUUGUCUUUUAGCUUUACCUUGACUCUCUUCCUCUAUUUCUACCCCUUCUCAAAACCCAAAAUGCAGCGCCCCCUUCCCCGUUCAUAAACGACAGAAACCGAACAGACAGAGCAGGCCCCGGAGGAAGCUACCAGGGACGACUCUCAGGCUGUGCAAAGGAUUCGAAUACCUUCAAAGGACGUAGCGCGCUUGCUUGUGCAUUGCAUAUCGACCGACUUCAUGAAGCCCAGGGUCAGACUUGGGGAGACGUAUCUUUUGACAGCGAGGCGCGCAAGGAUGUGGAGCCGAUCCAUCUGAGCCCGGUGUCGAUUCUGCUCCGCAAAGAAGUAGGGCGAGGGCGUUCCGAUUGUUUUGCAACCAACCUUCGCACGGUUCCAGACCCAGCAGAAGCCUCAGCAUCGAGCGACCAGUAGGCCGAGAAAUUUGCGAUCGGUCUUUGUCCCAGGCCCAGCAUGAAGAAGCCGCGGGCGCGGUGCUUGGUGUUGGAAAGCUCUUCGGAAACAAGUCGGCGCCGCUAUUGGUCGAGCAGCAAGGAAGCAGGAGGCAGGUGCUCUAUAUGAAUACGCGCCGCGCUGCUGGGCACGAAGAUGAGCCAGAACAACCACAACGAGGGCGGAGCAAGUUCAUGGCCGCGAAGUCCAAGAAGGAGGCACGGAAGAACCUUGACCCAGCCGAAGAAGAGGCAGCAAUCUGCGAAAGCAAAGUGGGAAGGAGGUCCCGGAAAAAUUCCGAGAGACAGCGGGGAGCGAGUGGCGCAAGGGAUUCUGAGGGGCACAAGAAUAAAAGCGGAAGGGCGUCUUGUUGCCUCUUCGCACUAAGAUUAUCGACAAGGCUACGAGAGGCGCCAAGGACUUGCAUGACAACGGGGCAGAAUCUCCAUCGCUGUUGAAAGGGGUCCGCGCUUCGCACAAGAUCAAGACCUCAGCGCAAUGCCAUUAAAUGGAAGUCGUGGCAGCUUUACAGAUUGGAUUCUUUGGAUUCGUUGCGGGUCAGUUUUCUGAUUGGCGGACACAUCCUCGAAGACAAGAUCCGGCCCCAUGACGUGAAGAACGAAGCGCCGCCGCCGAUGACUUACUUCGCCAGUUUUUUUAGCCGACAAAACAGGGAACGUCGUUCGCAGAGUCGUCGCCGACCACCGAAAACACAGCGAGCAGGCCGAGGGCUAUCGUAUGGAAUGGAAGUGCCAAACUUGCUGAGCGGGAAGGCGAAGUGGUUCGUCGUCUUAGAUUUGGCGACGGGCUAUAGUCGGAUGCCGUUGGACCCAGAGGCCGCGAAGUACCUGCCACAUUCAACGCCUGGAGGGGUCGCUCUUCAACUUUAUCUUCCCCGCGCGUUUGUCAUUGGGGCCGAAGUGUGGGCCAGCGUUCUUUCAGAGCCACACGCAGCGAGUUUUCGAAGCUCUUCACUGGUGCAGUUUUUUCGCUGAUGGUCUUUGCUUCUCCGCGUCUUCGGAUGCAGAGGCUUCGCAGCGUUUGGGCGCGUUGUUCGACAGGUGUCGGCAGGCGGGCCUCUGUUUAAGCUUGCGCGCGUCCGUGUUUGCAGCACGUUCCGCCGAAGUAUUGGGCGCUGGUGUUUCAGCUCAAGGACGAACCCCGACCCCGAAGGAGCGCGAGGCCCUACAGAAGUGGGCGCAUCCGAAGACCGCCGAAAGAUUGAAGUCUUUGGCCUGCUUCGCGGACUACCAUAGGGAGCCCACUCCUCGCCUACCACAGGCUGGCGAGCCGCUGUGGAAGUAUAUCGACACGAAAACGCCUGCCAAGCAUUUCGAAAUAACCGACGAAGAAGCGCGGCGACAGGUGGAGGAACUACGGCAUGCACCUGCUGCGGAGGCUUACUUGGUUGACCUAGAUGCGGGGGCGGCUUUGAACUGGCGCGAGACUGGCAGGAGACUGGCAGGCCUGUUGAGGUUUUCUGCGAUGCGUCAGAGAUUUCGGAGACCUUCGCUGUUUGUCAGAGGAAGGAGGCGCACGGGCGUCCUUUUCUGGUCUGUUUGUUUCAAUCAAGGGCCACGCCUUUGUUUAGCGAGCAGGCAGGGGCGAACCUGGUCGACAAUGGCGAAGGAGUGGAACGCGGUGAGGCUCUUCUGUGGAGAAGGCUCGCCAGAAUUUGGCCGCUCCUUCGAGGUUCUCCGUCACUUCGACCACAAGAACAACGAAGCAGCGGAAGUGGGGGCCUUUUUAUUUUGCCAACCAACGCGUCGCAGAGACGAAGGCCUGCAGAUGGGUUGGGGAGCUUUAUGACAACUUCGCCCGCGGAGCGUUAUGCGCUGUUCUCUCUCUGGUCAACGCAGCGCCCUCGCGAAUGCAGUCGGCCGCACUUGGUGGGGUGAUGCUGAUGACGAUGCAGCAGCCACUGGGGGCCAAGGGGGUGGCACUGGUGGACUCGUAGGGGAGUUUGUUCGUUUUCUCGUCGGUCGAGAAUCUGGGACAACGCUCAGGACAGCAAGAAACAGGACCAGAGCAAGCGAAAGCAACGAAGCUCGCGAGGAUGGCUCCGGGCUCGGCGGUGCGUGUGCUUGAGGUGAUGGAGGCGCUUUCCAACGUGCUGGAGAAGUUAGAAGGGGCAUUCUUCGCGGCAUAUUUCAAAUAUUUGAACAACUGCGCUUCUUUGCUCUCGGAGUUUCGUGCGCAACGUGCCGCACCAGUCGCAGUCCUCGAAUUGAGUAGAGUGGAGCUGUACUACUCGACUUCGACACGCUCAGCGGCUUGAGCUUGGCGCCCCGAAGUGAAAGGCCGGCUGAAGAAGUUGCUUUGGCAGAUGGUCAGCCGCGUAGGAUGCGGAAACAAAGCACCGCGGGACCGAUCUGGAGGCGCGUAGAGCUUUGGCCCAGGCUUUUCGGGGGUGGUUCGCUGGCAAGUCUCUCAGCAACGCAUGAGAGCAGCUUCUGCGCCUUCAGCUUUAUCCCGGAAGACUUUUCGGAAUUCGAAGAAACGAACGAGGAACAGCAGCAAGGCAUCCCGAGAACGAUCUGAGACCUUGCCCCGACGAAGAUAACGAUCGACGACCCAGAGGCGACUUGUGGCACGCCGUUACGAUACGACUGGAAAGACAUGCAGCCAGGGGCGGUUACUCUGAUCGCGACCAUUAGCGUGGGUGCAUGUGCCGCCAAGUCUCCGCAAUGACAAGGCAACGACCCGAAAGAGCAACAAGACAGCGCGCCGAAGGAUAGCAACGGCAAGGACGACAACGAAGAGCAGCAGGCCGAAGCGAGGGAUCUCGGGGACCAGGCUCCAGAACUAGAAAACGAACAAGAAAACGAAGACGCAGAAGCAGAAAAAACAGCAGAGCCGAGAGCGAUUGCGCAAGAUUUCGCAACGAGGUGCCUCAGCGGAGACAGCGCCGACGACAUCAGGAGCGAAGAUCUCCGCGCAGCUUUGUGGCGUGAGAACGUGUUGACAGGACUGGCAGCCUUUCGCAGGUGGAUUGCUGCGCCGGGCUGGUUUUCAGUUUGGCCAGCAAGUUGGGGCACAGUUCGCGCUGUCUUCUUCUACCAGUACCAAGCUGGGCCGAAAAUGGAAGCUCGUCAGGAUUCGACGCGGCAGGCUGAUGGAGCUGCUCAAAGAAGCUCCCGGACCGUCUGGCACCGUCCCCGAGGAUGCGGAGGUCUGCGGUGCUCUUUUGAUGGGCGAGCGGCGUUUCUUACGUUACAGUGCAUUGUAGGCGGCGCCGCUUCAUUUCCACGACUGGAGGUUGCACAGGACGAGCAGCGGCGCGACGAGUACUAUGGGCCUUUCUUGCAAGCACUUGCGGAACGAGACGAGAAAGCCAGCGACGACAAUAGGCAAGAAGCGCGGCGCAGCAUCGUAGGCAUGAGAGCGGAGGCAACGAAGCUGGUCAGAACCAGAAGGACCGAACGGGGCGAGUUCAGAUUUGACGACGCUGGCGGCUUGCUUCAGAAUGUCCGCGGAAUCUGGUGCAUCAUUGUGCUGGAGGUUUUGCGACUGAAGUUCCUCAAGGAAAGCCACGGCCAGCACCACAGAAAAUUCAGCGCAACUUUAGGACAAACUCGGCAACGGCGAAAAACGUGCUUGGCGGUUUGGCAUCGAGGAAGAUUGCGAAGAUUUCUGCGACGUUCGCUGCCUAGUGUGCGGAGUUGAGCGAGCCAACGCGAAAACCGGCCCAGUCUUCUACCAGGACACCGCCCGGCGUUUUGGUGAUAAGUUCGCCAUCGGUCACCGUGGUCCCUGUGCAGAAUCGAAGCGCGGAAGCGCGUACGACUUUACAGCCGUCGGCUUUGCCACUGGAUAUGGAUGGCCGUUCGCAGUUCCCACCACCGGCCUGAAAUAUGUCAUCGCCUGCCUCGAUGAAGUUUUCAAGGGUCAAGGGUUCCCAAGCGAAAUUCGCUGCGACAACGGACUCGGGGGACUGUGUGGGCCCGUUUCGAAGUUUUGUCGCAGAUACCGAACUCAACUCGAUUCCAACCAGCUUCGCGAGAGAAUCCACGCGCGAGGCGGGUGGCCAAUCGAUUUCCCCCACAAAGAGGCGCGCGCUUUUCUAGCUACUCGGAUGAGAUUCAGCAGCAAGACGAACACCUGGGACAGCGAACGGGAUGGCUCACAAUGGCGCCGGGGGGUGACUUCAUGACCUGCAUGGGGCUACAAAAACAAAUCUGCCUAGAAUUCCGCUUCAACGAGAAACCGCGCCUGCAGCUAUCUGCAGUUGCGAAACGAUCUGAAGACGACGAAGACCCGACCGAAGGAACGCGGGACCGACUAGACCACGACACUCACACGAGCCGCGGAGGAGAUGAUAGCGAAGCGCAAGGCAUGACGCGAGCGGGCUUUCUUCCUCAACGACGAAGCCAAGCGCAGGCAGCAAGCAGACGGGGGACGAGCGGCGGAGAUUUCAAGGAAGCCGCAGCCGGUGCGGUUUAUUAUAAGCAUGCACGGGCAGAAGUUAAGCGAGAGGGCAUGCUCAUGGGUGUGGAUGUCGCUUGCUUGUACAUGGUCAGGCAGAAGCUGGGCGCGAUCUCGUGUUUUCUGGCCGACUGGCGUGACUGUCUACCGGCGAUCACAUUCGUGCAGCCAGUUCGUCGGAAGUUCCUGAGCGGUGCCGGACUACACUAAGCGCCGACGAGUGUUGUCUGGUGGACAUCGGGAGGCGCUUCGGGGCUACAGCCGGGAGGGUCGGCGCGGGUGUCUUUGUGAAGAGCUAUGACGCAUUUCGGCUCACUACGAUACGCACACGAGCGAGACGGCUUGGAAUAUGUAGGAAACAAGGAGCAACCGGAGGGGUUUCGUUUAGGUCUUCGGGAAACUGCGCUGGGGGCGGUUUGUGGUUAAGAAUCAUAGCCCGCAGCUCUCUGAAGAUCUUAAUUUAUUAACUUUGGAAAGUUCUCAAACUUGGCCCAAGUGGUUCGGGAGGAGGUUGGAGGCCAAUUAGUUUUAGUUGGAUCCUUAUGGUGGUCCGGAUGAUCAAGGUGAUCCUUUUUAAGGAAUCGCGUGGGGGUCAUGCAAGUUCGUCCAAAUUUGUACGACCUCCCUGAAGAAUUUGAGGAAGCUUGACGGUUUUGAUCGAUCUGCAUGGAGUUCCGCCCUUCAAGUUGACUAGUUUUCUUCUCUUCUUUUUCCCUUUUAGCCAUUUGGAAGCGAGGGGCGGUGGCUUUUUAUUUCUCCUUGUCAUUUCGAGCCGUUUUGGCUCAAAAUUCGAAACCUUCUAGCCAGGAUUUGAAAGCGGCUUCAGCCUGAUUGCAUUUGGUAUGAGAUUCGAAACAAAACGACGCAACUUGAGUCACCUCAAGACACCCCCAGCUGUCCUUUUUUCUUAGCGUGUGUUCUUCCUUCUUUAGUAGUGACUUCGGUCCCGGGAAGCUGCAGUAACUCUUCUUUCAAUGGUCACGAUGAAGCGCCGAUUACCAAAUACAGAAUCAACAUGGCCAAACUCGACCAGCUGUACUACGACAACGACAAGGGACAGGGAGACGGCCAACACAGCACUAGAAGAGACGCUGCAACAUUUGUCGCUGGCCCUGGGGCGGUCGAGGUGAAGGACGUCAUCAAAGUCGGCAAGUCCAAAAUUCACGAGGACAUCGAGAAACGCAUCUUCCAGGGAGUGGCGAAGACCCAAAUACAAACCACGAAGAGUCAGCUCAUGGUCAGACCGAUGUGGACUCGUCGUUCCUUCCAGAAGGAGAUGUGGCUAAUGUUCACCCGGAGGGAGCGGGGAAUGGAUUACCAUUACUUUGCACCAGUACAACAACAACAACAAGUGGUCACGAAGAACAGCAAUGAGCCUUCAGGCGAGGAGAAGGACUUGCUCCUAAAAAACCCCGCCGAUAAGACGCCGGUGAAUAGGGAUGUCCUGGAUAAGGUGGUGAAAGGUAUGGACAAAAAGCUAGCUCAGCGUCAAGAGGCACUCUUUUGCUCUCUGGUACUGAAUGGUGCCGUCGAGCUAUCCACCACGCGGUACGAGAAGGCCUGGACAUGGCCGACUGCAGCUACUGCAGAGCCCCAGCAUGUCCUGCCACACCACGUGUCAGGUAAAGCCUGA